AGUCACUCCUCACUCAGUCAGUCGGUUGGUCAGUCGGUCGGUGGGUGUAGAUGCAGGGCUGCUGGUCAGCUGCUCCCGAAGGCUUGUAUCUCCCUCAGGAUCUCACAGUGUUGAAUCAGCUGAGGAGCCACUGAGAGGUUUAUUGCGGGCAUCACUAUGACUGAUGGGGAUUAUGACUACCUUAUAAAGCUCCUUGCCCUGGGGGACUCCGGCGUAGGGAAGACCACCUUCCUGUACCGAUACACUGACAACAAAUUUAACCCCAAGUUCAUCACCACAGUCGGCAUCGACUUCAGGGAAAAGAGAGUGGUGUACACAGCGUCCAACCCCAAUGGGGCGACCACAGGGAAAACCUUCAAGGUUCACCUCCAGCUCUGGGACACAGCUGGGCAGGAGAGGUUCCGCAGCCUGACGACAGCGUUCUUCAGGGAUGCCAUGGGCUUCCUGCUGAUGUUUGAUCUCACCAGCCAGCAGAGCUUCCUUAAUGUCAGAAACUGGAUGAGCCAGCUACAGGCCAAUGCCUACUGUGAGAAUCCAGACAUUGUGUUGAUAGGAAACAAGGCGGACCUGGCCGACCAGCGGGAGGUUCAGGAGAAACAGGCCAAGGAGCUGGCUGAUAAAUACGGGAUCCCGUACUUUGAAACGAGUGCAGCGACAGGGGUGGAGGUGGACAAGGCGGUGAUAACGCUGUUGGACCUGGUCAUGAAGAGGAUGGAGCAGUGCGUCGACAAACCGCCCGCCGAGCCGGCCAAUGGUAACGGAGCCACAAAGCUUGGUGAAGCACAGCCCAAUGAGAAGAAAUGUGCAUGCUAGAUGAAGAAGAAAACGACCAUUCAGCGUCUUCUCUCGUCCGUCCUUUCUACUCGCCACGUCCCCUCCUUCUUUACCUUCCCCUUUCUUCAUCUUUGAUUGCAUGUUUCUACAUCUUGUUCACUCUCUUCUCUCUAAAACUAACCUUUAACCAUCUUCUGCUCCUCUUUUCUUUCUCUUCCUUCCUUUUUUUUUGUCUUUCUCCUCACAAACUGUCUGCCACUCUGGCAAUGACGCAACCCUGUCCCCCUCUAGUGGAUAUUUAAGGUAAUACAGUCUUAGCCUGUCUGCCCUUUGAGCUCUGUUUAGGAGGAAAUUUAAACAGGAGGGGACAGUUUCAUCACUGUCAGACACUUAAUGUCCCUCGUUCAAAACAUGCAGCCUGGGAAUUGAGUUCUGCACUCUCCCAAUUGCUCUGCUCACGAGUGGUAUGGAUGAUUUAGAUGGAUCUACACACGCAAAAAGACAUGUUUAAAACUUUCAUUUGAACUAUAUGUCUGAUCAGUACAUCACUUUGUAACAGCAGGCACAAUUUGGACCAUUAAAGAGCUAAACAUCAGGCUGUGUGUCUGUAAAUUAAGUCCUCCUGAAACGUUUCCUCCUGGACCAGGGUGAACUGUGUAACCAGUGUUUUUUAUUUUUUUUAUUUUCUUUCCCUGUUUCAAACGGUUUGUUUGUGCGAUGCUGUACCCGUAUUAGCCACAUAUGGCCAUCCAGUGUUUUUAGCAGAUUUGUCUAGUUCACGGAUGCACGGACGUUUGCUAAAAAUGCACCAAAUUGUGUUUAAUGUAGUUACUACGGUGUCAUGGUGGAGGUCUUGGACUCCUGAUUGAGAGUGGCUGUUUGUUUGUUUUUGUUAAGCUAAUAUCAGCUCGUUAGCGUCUGCUGUAAAGCUAAUAGGAUUCGUAAUGACAGCUUAAUCCACAAGGAACUUUGCAGAUAAAUAUUGGGCCUAUAAUAAACUUUUUUUUUUUUUUUUUCUCAACCGAACUGGCCAGAGUAGAUUGUUCUGCUUACGGCCACUUGAUAGUUAUUAUUAUGUAUUCAGAUUUUGGAUCAAUUAAAUUCUUGUGUUGGCACUAAUUUAAAAAACAACCUUGGAACAAAUCUUGCGAUGAGAAGCUGAGUUAACUGUCACUUACUUCCUGUUUGCACAUCUGAUUAGCAGCUUACGUUGCUACAUAGCCACAAACUAGCUAACGUAGGGUCUCGUCAUUACGAACAUUCCGAACAUUACGAGCAUACAAACGUUAUGCUAAUAUUAACAAAAGCAGCUGAUUAGUGUUUCGGAGUAAAGACAUUUAGCAAUUUUUCAGUAACUGAUGUGGAAAAUUACUUCUGGCCACACCACCAACAUCUUGCAAUCGACACUAGCUUACUAGCUAGCUUGUUGUGGCUGUUGGGUUGUUGCUUUCUGUGCCAAUAAUUAAAGUUUUCUCUAAUUCUAUCUUUCUAUCUGACUUUUGAUACCAAAAGCAUGCGGUAAGUUUAGCUAACGUAACCUACACUUCUGUGCUUUUCUUUGUCUGUUCGUACAGGACUGCCAUAUGAUUGAUUUAAAAAGCAUUGUUUGGAUAUGUUUACAUUACAUUGAUAACAUCUGAUACUUUGACCCCAUUUCUAUUUCCCAGCCUUACUUCAACUGUUCAUUUUGAAAACCGACCAAGAGGCAAAUAGCUGCAUAAGCUAGCUCUCUGUUAGCAGCCCGGUUGCUCAUACUUUUCUGUUGCACAGCUUACUCUCCAUUGUAUCUCCGCGAUGAUGCCAGAGUUGGCUGAAUAUAAUUUACGGAUAGUUUACCAUUCAUAGUGUAGGACGAAUAUGGGUACAGAAUGGGAAGUGGAGAAAAGAAAAGCUUACGUAUAUGUAUGUCAUUAAUAGAGUGUCUUAGAACAGGACAGACAUAUUGUUUCAAACUGAUAUACUGCCUUGGCUUUUAAAGCGUUAUUCCACUGUGGCUGAACAGACGUUAAUCUUUGUUGGAGUUUGAGAUAAUUCAGCAACAAAUAUCAGAUGCUCUGGGGACGCAAUGUCACCAUAAUUUGCUAGUAAUGUAAUCCAUCGCCUAAAAAAGAUUGGAGCUAUUUUACAGAUAGAACAAACAAAGUAUGUAAGUCAAUAUGAAUGCAUUGCAGAGUUAAUUGAAUUUGAGUGGAGAGGAUAAUGAUCCAAUUAGCAUCAUUAUGGCAGUCGGGUGACUUCACCUUUUCAGAGCAGCUGAUUGGCCACGUUGACCUCUCAUCUCUUUAUAACAGCAGACAAAGUGAAAUAUCGCUUUAAGGCCCCAUACAUGACCAAUGUUGUUGGAAUAUAAAGUGACCAAUUAUUUAUAUUAAAAUACAUUUAUAUUAUUAUUUCUGUUGUCAUAUUUUUUGUAAUAUCCUUCACAUCACACAUUUUUCCUUUUUUCCCUUCCAUUCCUAAAAUUGUUUUUCCGUUGCUCUUAAGCUUUGUUGUCAAAUGAACCCACAAAUUACAAAUGAAUCAACAAGUGUGUCUCUAGCAUGAAGAAUAUACACUAUUAUAAACUGUUGAAGUACAGAGGAAGUUGUUAUGGUUCAACACUUGAAGUGACUGUGGACCAACUUUUUGUUGUGUUUUGUGCAUGUUUAACACUAUAUUGAUUUUUUUCAUUGCACACCUGACCAUAUAACAGUUGCUGUGCAGAAAACCUUAUGAAAUCGCAGCAUAUUGAAACAAAAUUUCAGUUUUCUGUUCAAAAGGCUGCAUGUUGUGUACCAUGACGAUACACUUGUGCACAAAACAUCUGUCUUUAGAUUAACAAAAAACAUUUCAUUUAAAUGUCAAAAAUCAGCUUUGCGUCCGAGAUGAUCUCUUUUGUUUUAAGUGCAACUCAACGGUUUUCCAUAGUAACACCUUGAUCUGCCUUACUUCAUGAAGAAUCUUGAGCCAAGUUGAGGUGCACCAGAAAAGAGGGAAAUUAUCUUUUUCUCCACCUUCUGGCAGCUAAAUCCUUGUUCUUCAGCGAGCCAAAGGGAGGUUUUACAGAGCAGUUCCAACUCACAGCUGCCUCAGUCUUAAGUCUUACGUUUUCUGCAGGUUGGUUUUUAAAGUGUUCUGAAACAAGGGGCUGCCAAUCUGGUCAGCAGAGCAGUAAUGUUAAGUAUACUGUACGUGUGGCUUAUUACAGGCAAAACACUGCUGUGGUCAUUUUAAAGAUUAUACAUUUUAAUUUCAAUAUUGGAUUAAAUUACUUUUAUCAGAAAUAUUUUUAGUAUUGUGACUGCUGGAUCCAUUUAUAAAAAAAAAAAAGCUAGGACAAAGCCUCAGAGCUUCACCUCAUUGUCACCUAUAUUUAAUCUACCAGUGU